AUGGUGGCCUUGAGCACGAACAAAGUUAUUGCUUUGGGAUUGUUACUCAGAAUUGGGUUUUUCCUCUUUGGAAUUGUUCAGGAUAAGCUUCUGCCCGUCAAGUAUACGGACAUAGACUAUGUUGUAUUCUCUGAUGCUGCUCAGUACGUAGCGCUGGAUAAAUCGCCAUACAUGAGAGAGACCUACAGAUACACGCCAUUGCUAGCCUGGAUUCUAUUACCGGGAACACUUGGGGGCUUAUGGGAACAUUAUGGGAAAGCAGUCUUCAUUCUCUGUGAUAUGUUGACAGGCAUUCUAAUCAUCAAGUCUCUUCAACGAGAUGUGAUUCCUGAUACCAGACCAUCGGCAACAUUCUUCCAGAGGAAUAAAUUGCCAAUCCUUUCUGCUAUUUGGAUUCUUAACCCUAUGGUGAUAACUAUCAGUACCAGGGGUUCAUCUGAGAGUGUGUUGUCGUGCCUCAUAAUGUUAGCUAUUGAGAAUCUCAUGCAAGGCCAAUUGUUUAUGUCUGCCGUGUGGUUGGGAUUGUCGAUUCACUUUAAGAUUUACCCAGUGAUAUUCUUGCCUGCUAUCAUGCUCCAUCUUGUCGCAAAGCGGCCCUCAUUGAUCAGAGGCUUGCUGAAUGUACCUGUCAUCGGCUGGAUCAAUUCGGCCAACAUGCUAUACUUCGUGGUAACAUUGGUUGCAUUAGCGCUCACAAACUUCACGAUGUACCACUUUUACGGUUACGAGUUCUUAUAUCAUUCUUAUAUCUAUCACUUGACUCGUUUAGACCAUCGCCACAACUUUUCAUUGUACAACACGGCACUUCAAGCCAAGGCAGCGAAAGAUUAUCUCAUCAAUAAGCCUGAAGGAAUCGAUGUAAUAAGCCUUGUUUUUGGAAAUAUUGAAAAGAUAGCUUUUGUCCCCCAGUUGUUACUUUCAGGAAUCAUUAUCCCAGUGGCCCUAGCCAGACAAAACCUUAUGGGCUGCCUUUUUAUACAGACACUCACCUUUGUCACCUUUAACAAGGUGAUCACAUCACAAUACUUCAUUUGGUAUUUGAUCUUCUUACCAGGCUAUCUUGCUAAGUCCAAAAUCAUAAGAACUGAGUAUAGGCUCAAAGGGUUCAUAAUGAUUGCAUCUUGGGUGCUUGGUCAAGGCUUGUGGCUAUUUUACGCGUACAGGUUGGAAUUUAUUGGAGAGAAUACAUUUAAUGAGCUCUUGAUAGCAUCAGUUAUAUUUUUCAUCACAAAUUGUUGGCUCAUAGGUGAGUUUAUAUCCCUGGCGUGA